AUGUGUAAGACUGAUAUUAUGACACAAACAUCAGGGAAUGAUGAUCGUGCUUCUGAAUGUUCAUCAACAACAAGUUCUAAACCACCGGUAUAUCCAUUAACACCUACAGGUCAAACACGACAAGGUUAUUCAAAUAUUGGAUUGAGACAACGUGAAUUACGAGCAAAAUUACAUAAAACUCGAUAUGCACAAUCAAUAAGACAAACAAGUACAUCUCCAACAAUGUAUGAUUCUCCUUCGUCAAGACGUACACCAGUAUCAUCACCACAUAUGCCAAGAUCAAUGACACCAUCGAAAACGAAUGAAUAUAAUAAUAAUAAUGAUGAUGAUGAUGAGAGUCAAUCAAUUUUCAGUGAACUUCGAAUGAGUUCAAUACCAGGUAGUCAAUUUAGUAAUAAUGACGCAAGAUUACCACCACAAGUGCCGAUAAAUUCUCAAAAUAAAAUAACUGAAUCAAAAUUUAAUGGAACAAAAAAUAAUACAAUACAAACUCCAACAACUCUAUCGAUAGAAGAACGUCGAGUACAAGAAUCUAUAGAUCGACUUGAUCAACGAUUGAAAGAAGUUCAAGCAAGAACUCGAUCAAACUCUGGUACAAGAUCACAAAAAAAUCAAAAACGAUAA